AGCUCAUGUCCAAUCUUCUGACGAGCUAACGGGCAGCUAUCUCUCCUCGCAUGUGGGGCUGUUUUUGCUGUUCUCAUUCUGUAUCUUUCAAGUUUACACUAGCAACUCAUAGGAAAUAAAGAAGAGGAUAAGUAUGCAAAGAGCACCUCAGCCAAGCUGUUUUGACCGGGUUAAAGUUGGCUUCAUGAUCGGAUUUGCUAUUGGAAUGAGCUCUGCUGCGCUCUUUGGAACCUAUUCUGCGUUCAAGUAAGAUGCUAAUAUUACUACUACAACUUUUGGACCUGUAGCGUUAUAAGUACCUAAACCUAGAUUUAGAGGAAUUCUUUCACUCUAUUUUACUUGUACUUAAUUGUCAUCUGUUCAUAAGGAAAUCGCAGCCCGGUUACUGAGAUGAAAAAGGUGUCGUCUUUCGAUGCAAGUUCGUCACAGUUACACUUCGGAUAAAGUGUUUAUAUGGCAAUGUUUUAUGUAUAAAUUUCCUAAGAUCCUGGAUAGAAUCAAAAGAAACGGCUAACCACCAUACCCCUCCCAAAGUAAUGAUGAAGAUAUGUGAAUACCGAAAUGUGUCAUUUGAUGUGUCAUUUUGACGUCAAUAAAAUAGGAGGAGGGGGAGGGUUUGUGGGGUUGUACAAAUGUUAGUUAUUUUGUCUUAGGUUACAACCUGGUUAGGUAGUAAACAAAACUUUGACAUCAGUGGGCAGGCUCAAUUGCAUUGUAGCAUUUUUAUCUUACUUUUAUGACAAAGGAGAUUAUUGUGAAACAAGAUUUUAGUAACUGAAAUUGUCCAGAUGAUCAUGUUUAUAAGCAGAGGUCCUACUCAGAGUAUCACACUUUAGAUUGAUUGCUAGAAAAGUGAAAGAAACACUGCAGAAAGCUAGAAAACUUGACACUUAUUCUUUCCCUGCCAGAUAUGGACUAAGAGGAAGAGAGUUAGUCAGUAGUGUUGGCAAGAUCAUGCUUCAAGGAGGAGGAACGUUUGGAGUGUUCAUGUCUGUUGGCACAGCUAUCAGAUGUUGACUGCUAACAGAGUGGGAUUUUUUAUUCUGUAUCGAACACCAGUCAUUGCUAAGGCUAGGAUAUCAUUAUGUGAGAGAUGCUUGCAAACUUUCAACACAGUCUGUGCUGUCAAUGUUUAUAAUGAUUAGAACACUGUAUCCUGUCAUAUAUGACAUAAGUUCAGCAGAAAACUAAGGAAAAAAAGAUGAAAAUAAAAUGUUACCCAUAGAAAAGGAAAAGUCAAGUCAAAUCAUUUGUUGGUGUCAAUAUCUUAUCUGUGUCAUCUUUUCUUGAUUAAUUUUUGUUUAAAGUGUGGCAAUUGGUUGUAGUUAAAGAAUUUACUAUCUUAACUCUUUAAACCCCAAUAUCUGUGUGUAUAUUCUCCAUACUGUUCUGUAUACAUGUCCUAUAGUGCUGACAGGGAGAAUUGGUUCAACAGCGUAAAGCUUCUUUAGUUUAUGAUCAUUUCCCUCAUUCUUGUGACCCUAAUGUGUGACUCAUGGCAGAUAUUGUAUGGAGAAAUUAGGUGCUAGUCAUUCUUAGGGGCAAAAGGAUUAAUUGCAGUGGAGCUCUAGCCUUAUUUAAAGACAAUACUUUAGACCUUUUUAAUUUUUCCAAGGAAAAGUCUUGGUAUGAAAAUCAAGGUUUUCCAUUUAUUUGAAAACAAAAUUGUGACAUCUGGAAAAAAAAAUGAAUUUGGGAACUCCUACCAAAUGAAGAGGAUGGAUAAGAUUAAAUUUACUAUUCAUGGACUUAAAGCAACAGCAAUGAUUCAAAUAAAUUUCACUGUAUAUAUUGGUAUUUCAAUCUUUAUUUGCUGUUUUUGCUGUAGGAAACCUUUUGUAUGACAC